GAGGCAGUCCAUGGAUGUGGAAGAUGCACGGCAGAAGCAGAAGUAUCGAGGGAAAUUGUACAUCCUGAACGAUGCUGCUGCCUGGCAAGAGGCAGGCACAGGGCACGCGUCAGUGGUGGGAACUGGGCAGCAGCGCCGACUGCAGUUCCGAGAUGAGGAAAGUGGAGAAGUGCUCCAUGACCGGCCGGUGUUCGCCCAAGACGUCUACCAGCUGCAAGGCGAAG